AUGUAUAAGCUGGUCUCCUGCUGUUUGCUUUUCAUAGGAUGCUUAAAUCCUCUCUGGUCUCUUCCUGUCCUUGACUCCAGGGAAGAACCCCUGCAGCUCUCAGAUCCCGGUACCAACAUUUUUUACCCAAGAGGAAGUGCGAGAAAGGCUUUCUCAGGACAAGAUCCUAACAUUUCACUGAGUCACCUUUUAGCCAGAAUCAGGAAACCAUACAAGAAACGUGGAACUCCCUCUGAAUGCUUCUGGAAAUACUGUGUCUGA